AUGGGGAUGGUCCAGAAACCAGCACUGCGAGAUUAUUGGUCCGGGGGUAGUGUCUUGAAGUCAACAUUUGCUCGUAAACUGAUGGGACGAGAUCGGUUCAUGGGAAUUCUUUCAAUGCUUCACUUGAUGGACAACACUAACUAUAUCCCCCGUGGUGAGGAUGGGCAUGACCCCCUGUACAAAGUAUGCUUCAUGGUUGACCUGUUGAAGGAAAAGUUUCGACGUGCUGUAUAUCCGGAGCAACACAUCAGUUUUGAUGAAGGUACAUGUGCCUUCAAAGGAAGAGUCAAAUUUCAUGUCUACAAUAAGGACAAACCCCACAAAUGGGGUAUCAAACUCUAUGAAUUGUGUGAGGCAAGCUCUGGUUACUGCUUUGAGUUCGAAAUAUUUACAGGGUCUGAGAAUGAUGUGACCCAGGACAAAACAUUUCACACAGUCAUGCGUAUCAUGAAUCGCUCUCUCGACAUUGGUCGCAAGUUAUACAUGGACAGGUAUUAUUCAUCACCAAAGCUAUAUGAUGAACUCACUGCUAGAGGAACAUCAGUCACUGGUACUUGCAAUAAUAAUAGGAAAGGACUACCUAUUGAGAUAAAACCAAAACUGAAACAGAAGGGUGAAGUGAAAGCUUACCGCCGAGGGAAACUAUUGGCACUGAAGUGGAAGGAUAGAAAAGAUGUUUUGAUGCUGUCCAAUCAGCAUGCUUCUGCUAUGAUGAAUGUCAGAGUCAGGGCUAGAGGGGGCAGAAAGGACAAGGAUAAACCAGUAGUUGUUCAGGACUACAAUGAUCAUAUGGCUGGAGUUGACAAAAUUGAUCAGAUGAUGUUCUACUACGCCUUCGAACACAAGACGAUGAAGUGGUGGAAGAAACUAUUCUUCCAUCUAUUUUACUUGACAGUAGUCAAUGCUCACAAGGUAUACCAGAAGGAACUCAAAGCCAGAAAUGUCAAAUCCAUGUGUCUGAAGGACUUCAUUAUUGAUCUUGCCAGUAAUAUGCAUGAGGCUGAUGUCGAUUCUGAGGGUUCUGAUGAUGAGCCGGACCCAGCGAACCGCUUGACCGCACGCCACUUCCCAUCCUAUCUACCUCCAACAGAAAAAAAGAACAAGCCCCAAAGGGCUUGUAAAGUGUGCAGUGAUAAGGCUGCUUAUGAGAGAAAGAUGACAAACACUCCAAAAACAGAUAGGAAGAGAAAAGAUACAUUGUUUUGGUGUCAUAAGUGUGGUGUGCCUCUGUGUCCGACCACGUGUUUUGAGCUCUUCCACACCAAAAGAGUCUACAAUCAGUAA